AUGUUGGCUGUCCGGAAUAUGAAAGUUGGCAUCUUCCUUUUGUGGUGGGGAUGGGUUUCGGCCACUGAAAGCAGAGUGCACUGGAAAGAAAGAGAAGCACCCGAGAUGCCUAAGAAAGGCAGCCCAAUUCUGAAACGAAGCCCUGACAUCACCAAAUCGCCACUGACAAAGUCAGAGCAGCUUCUGAGGAUAGAUGACCACGAUUUCAGCAUGAGGCCUGGCUUUGGAGGCCCGGCCAUUCCUGUGGGUGUGGACGUGCAGGUGGAGAGCUUGGACAGCAUCUCAGAGGUCGACAUGGACUUCACGAUGACCCUCUACCUGAGGCACUACUGGAAGGACGAGAGGCUGUCCUUCCCGAGCACCAACAACCUCAGCAUGACAUUUGACGGACGGCUGGUGAAGAAGAUUUGGGUCCCCGACAUGUUUUUUGUGCACUCCAAGCGCUCCUUCAUCCACGACACCACCACGGACAACGUCAUGCUGCGGGUGCAGCCCGACGGGAAGGUGCUGUACAGCCUCAGGGUGACAGUGACUGCGAUGUGCAACAUGGACUUCAGCCGAUUUCCCCUGGACACACAAACGUGCUCGCUUGAAAUUGAAAGCUAUGCCUACACAGAAGAUGACCUCAUGCUGUACUGGAAAAAAGGCAACGACUCCUUAAAGACAGAUGAGCGGAUCUCGCUCUCCCAGUUCCUCAUUCAAGAGUUCCACACCACCACUAAACUCGCUUUCUACAGCAGCACAGGCUGGUACAACCGUCUGUACAUUAACUUCACGUUGCGUCGCCAUAUCUUCUUCUUCUUGCUCCAAACUUACUUUCCUGCUACCUUGAUGGUCAUGCUGUCCUGGGUGUCCUUCUGGAUCGACCGCAGAGCAGUGCCUGCCAGAGUCCCCUUAGGUAUCACCACGGUGCUGACCAUGUCCACCAUCAUCACGGGCGUGAACGCCUCCAUGCCCCGCGUGUCCUACAUCAAGGCCGUGGACAUCUACCUGUGGGUCAGCUUUGUGUUCGUGUUCCUCUCCGUGCUGGAGUACGCGGCUGUCAACUACCUGACCACGGUGCAGGAGCGGAAGGAACGGAAGCUGCGAGAGAAGCUCCCCUGCACCUGUGGAUUACCGCAGCCGCGUGCUGUCAUGCUGGAUGGCAGCUACAGCGAUGGGGAGGUGAAUGACCUGGGCAACUACAUGCCUGAGAAUGGAGAGAAGCCAGACAGGAUGAUGGUGCAGCUGACCCUAGCUGCAGAGAGGAGCUCCCCGCAGAGGAAAAAUCAGAGGAGCAGCUACGUGAGCAUGAGGAUCGACACCCAUGCCAUCGAUAAAUACUCCAGGAUAAUUUUUCCAGCGGCAUACAUUUUAUUCAAUUUAAUAUACUGGUCUAUUUUCUCAUAA